ACAUACUGGGCAGCUUGCUCCAGCUUCAGCUGGGACUGAAGUCUUAGAGCUGCCUCCAGCCCACUCAGGCACUGACUCCCAGGCCAACACGCACCAUGGCCAUGAAAACAGACAGCAGGCCUGGGGGACGAACUGGCAAUGGCUGCGACCCAGGCACAGCCCAAGAGCAUAUGCAGGCUGUGACCAGAAACUACAUCACCCACCCCCGUGUCACCUACAGGACCGUGUGCAGUGUCAAUGGGCCUCUGGUGGUACUGGACCAGGUCAAGUUUGCCCAGUAUGCUGAGAUUGUCAACUUCACCCUCCCUGAUGGGACUCAGAGGAGCGGGCAAGUACUUGAGGUUUCGGGGACCAAAGCCAUCGUUCAGGUAUUUGAAGGGACCUCAGGAAUCGAUGCCCAGAAGACCACGUGUGAAUUCACAGGAGACAUCUUGCGGACUCCCGUUUCAGAGGACAUGCUAGGUCGGGUUUUCAACGGCUCUGGCAAACCCAUCGAUAAAGGGCCAGUGGUCAUGGCAGAGGACUUUCUGGACAUCAAUGGUCAGCCCAUCAACCCCCAUGACCGCAUCUACCCUGAAGAGAUGAUCCAGACAGGUAUCUCCCCCAUCGACGUCAUGAACAGCAUUGCCCGUGGCCAGAAGAUCCCCAUCUUCUCAGCAGCUGGGCUUCCCCACAAUGAGAUUGCUGCCCAGAUCUGCCGCCAGGCUGGGCUGGUGAAGAAAUCCAAGGCCGUGAUGGAUUACCACGAGGACAACUUUGCUAUUGUUUUUGCAGCCAUGGGGGUGAACAUGGAGACAGCCAGGUUCUUCAAGUCUGACUUCGAGCAGAAUGGAACCAUGGGGAAUGUCUGCCUCUUCCUGAACUUGGCCAAUGACCCGACCAUUGAGCGGAUCAUCACUCCACGCCUGGCACUGACCACAGCAGAGUUCCUUGCCUACCAGUGUGAGAAGCAUGUGCUGGUCAUACUGACUGACAUGAGCUCCUAUGCAGAGGCCUUGCGGGAGGUCUCAGCUGCCAGAGAGGAAGUGCCAGGGCGCCGUGGUUUCCCUGGAUACAUGUACACAGACUUGGCCACCAUCUAUGAGCGAGCAGGGCGUGUGGAGGGCCGAAGUGGCUCCAUCACGCAGAUCCCCAUCCUCACCAUGCCCAAUGACGACAUUACUCACCCUAUCCCAGAUCUGACUGGCUUCAUCACAGAGGGGCAGAUCUAUGUAGACAGACAACUGCACAACCGGCAGGUCUACCCCCCCAUCAAUGUACUCCCUUCCCUGUCGCGGCUUAUGAAGUCGGCAAUCGGUGAGGGUAUGACCAGAAAGGACCACGGAGAUGUCUCCAACCAGUUGUAUGCCUGCUACGCCAUCGGGAAGGACGUGCAGGCCAUGAAGGCAGUGGUCGGGGAGGAGGCGCUCACCUCCGAGGAUCUGCUGUACCUGGAGUUCCUGCAGAAGUUCGAGAAGAAUUUCAUCACCCAGGGUGAGGUGCUGGGGAGCGAGGCUGGGACCGCCAGGCCCUCCCCGAUCCAGACGCGGGGCCCUCACUUUCCUGUGCUGUCCUCAGGCCCCUAUGAGAACCGCUCUGUGUUCGAGUCCCUGGACCUGGGCUGGAAACUGCUGCGCAUCUUCCCCAAGGAGAUGCUGAAGCGCAUCCCUCAGAGCGUGACCGACGAGUUCUACUCCCGCGAGGGGGCGCCGUCGGACACCGUGUCGGACACUGCGCUCUAGGGCAGAUGGAUGUCCAGCCCCUCCUGUCGCCCUACUCUGACAGGAGCAUCUUAUUUUAGGGGGUGGGGAGCUUUCAUUUUUUGAAGGGGGUGCUGGGGAGGGAAGCAAGGGUCUUCAGCAUAUUAAGCAGGCACUCCACUACUGAAUUCCACCCCAGCCCUGUAUUUUUAUUUUAAAGGUUCCAACUCCAAAGAAAUAACUGAGAGGGGGGGAAACGCAACUGAAUUUAUUAAUUUAUUUCCAGUAAAAACAAGAUUGACAAGUUUACCAGUUGUUGACAGGGCAGGUGCUGGACACAUGGGGUUUGUUAAAAUAUUAAAAGAAGAAAUUGGCCUAAUUAGUUCCUUAGCAGUUGACAAUAGAAUUCUCUCAGGGACUUAUUCAGAGUUGUUAAGCUGAGAGCAAGGGCUGGUGUGGCUCAGUUAAUGGAGUGCUUGCACUAGCAGGCAGGAAGCCCUGGAUCUGAUCCAGCACCACAUAACCCAGGGGUGGUGGCUCAAACCUGUAAUUCCAGCACUUGUGAGGUGAACACAGGAGGAUCAUUAUCAACUACAUAGAGUUUAAGACCAGCCUGGGCUACAUGUCUCAAAAAUAAAAUGACAAUAGGGCUAUAGCCCAGCGGUACAGUGCUUCCCUAGUAUACAUAAAUAUGGAACUUGAGCUCAGGGGUAAUGGGAAGAGGGACAGCCAUGGCCACAAACUUUCAUCAACUCUGCCUGGGAGAUGCUGGGGCAGAAUCUGGUUUGCUGCACACAGAAAGGAGAAAUCUCAGAAACAUACGAUGUGAGAAGGAGGGGGUGCAGAAGACUGAGAAAGGAGCCCUAGUUAAAAAGUGAGUGAAGGGUCAGGAGAUGGGUCAGUAGAUAAAGGUACCUGCUACCAAGCCUAACCAAUCCCCCGAGUUCCAUCCCCAGAACCCAUAUGGUGGAAGAAGAGUGCUAAUUCCCUAUAAAUUGUCCACUAUCCACCACACACUGGGAACCCCACACACAAACAA